AUGCUUAUGUACCCACGUAAGGGUCUCAUCACCGAUCCAUACAACUCGGAGGACAUCAUCAUACAAGACGACCAGUACCCACCUGAUUUUUAUUCCGAGAACGCCUUGCACUACGAUCAAUCUCGCUUGCAAUCGCCCUUCCAGUGCCACCUUGUACAGCUCUCCCCGCCAUCUUCGACACCUUCCUCACCUACUUUCUCUUCUCCGACCUUCUCGACUUCUUACCCGCAGGCGUCUGAGUCUUUCGGGGCUCCUUCGAUGACCCCAGCGUCUUCAUACAACCCGUCGUACGACAUUCAGGGUUCCAACUCGCCUUCACACUACCUACCUCAAUAUCCUCAGCAAUAUUAUACGCCCAUGUUGGUACAGCAGCCUCUCGCCAGUAAUCAGGGUUGGGAUAGCAACCUGCAGUUGUUGAGCCCUGCGCGAAUUCCAUACCCGGGUGUACAAAAGAGAUCUUCGCCCUCGGCAUCCUCGCGCUCACUCCCCUCAGGGACGCCAGCCAACAAUUACCACCGCCGAUCCAACAGCGCCAACAAGCCGCUGCCCAGUCCAGUGCAAACUCCUCUGCAAAACUCAUUCCUUGCGACUCCCUUCCAACAUUUCGAUCCCUCGUCCCAAGAUGGUCAAAACGCCGAGGCCGAGUCUGCUAUGAGAAAGGCGAUCAUGGACCAGCAAAAGCAGUCACCCCCGCAGCAAAUGCAGAACGACUACUCACUGGCUCCAUCGGUGUCAACAAUGAGCCAUAACUCGCCGGUGACCCCCCAGACGACCCUCGACGAACUCGACGACGCAUCCAAGCCGAUGACCAAUGGUGAGAAUGGAAUUCCCGAUCUAGAUUGGGGAAUGGACCAAUACUUACGUUUCGACGCACCUCCAGAAUACAACGGCGCCAAUGGUGCCAUGUCAAUUGGAGUACCCAAGCUGAACAGAACCAUUUCUGAUAUAUACCAAGACGAAUUAUAUAACCCCGCCGUCAUGGCAGCGCCCCAGAUGUCUAAGCCGAUGGGACAGAACCAACUCAACCCGCGCAAUUUUAUUGCCGAUCGCUUACAAGCUGCCAACCAAGGACACCUGUCUGCUCGUUCGCAAUCACCUUCCAACAGACGAGAUCGUUCACCGUUCCGUACCUCUUCCCCGUUCGCCGGUGACAUGAGCAACAAUGCCCUCCAGCAGUCCCAGUUGGCCACCAGCAUCCCCAUGGGACAGAACGGCAUGAACAACAUGAACAUGUCCCAGACCUCCAACACUGGAGAUAUUAAGACUAUGUCGCCCAAGGAUGCAGUAUUGGAUUUCCAAGAUGGCGAUGAUACCAUGCCUCUGUUCCCCCCUGGUCAGAGUGACUUCAACCUAGGUGAUGCGCUUGGCUUGCGACGCGAUAGCGGCUCAAUGCGACCGAUGGAAGCGUUUCCUCAAUAUACGGCACCUAGCAUGGCGCAGCCACAGUUCGCAUUCUCUGAACCACAGAUGCAGCGCCCUCAGAGUAAUCUCUUGCAGCAGAGUAGCGAAUUCCCUUCGCUUCCAGCAGUGGAAUCUACAGAGAGCUCGCCUCCAAGCCAGAUGAACAUGCCAAUUACAGAGGGUAUUCCUCGUCCCGCCGACACAUCUUCGGAUGCGGGUACCUACACUUGCACCUACCACAACUGCUCAUACCGCUUCGACUCCCCCGCCAGACUCCAACGACACAAGCGCGAGGCACACCGGCAAACAACACCGGGCGGCCACCUUGUCAGCCGCGACACCUCGCUCCGCAACUCCCAGGCUGGACCACACAAGUGCGAACGCAUCAACCCAUCUACAGGCAAAGCAUGCAAUUCGAUCUUUUCCCGGCCCUACGAUCUUACGCGACAUGAGCAUACGAUUCACACCGCCGGGAAACAGAAGGUGCGCUGUCACAUCUGUAACGAGGACAAGACCUUCAGCCGAAACGAUGCUUUGACAAGACAUAUGCGAGUGGUUCAUCCCGAAAUCGACUGGCCUGGCAAGCAGCGCAGGAGGAGAGACUGA